AUUGAAUGCAAUCCAUAUAUAACUCAAGAAAAGUUAGUGGACUUUUGUAGGACAAGAGGCAUAGAAGUGGUGGCUUACAGUCCAAUAGGUCGGGGCGAUAGUGAGCUACUGAAUGAGCCGACACUCGUUGAAAUGGCCAACAAGUAUAAUAAAAGUGUGGCUCAAGUGAUAAUGCGAUGGCAUAUACAGAGGAAUAUCACUGUUAUUCCUAAGACUACUCGCAAAGAGAGACUCAUUGAAAACAACUUGAAUAGCAUUUUCAAAAAUAAUAAAAAAGAGUAA